ACACAUCGACAUCGAUGCUAGAUUUUGUACUUCGAUUUGCUAUUGUUAAGAAGAACUUUCAGUCCUUCGUAUCGUAGUAAGUAGUGUGUGAUAAGAGGAAAUCAUAUAGAGUUUUUAGUCCAUUUUUAAAAUUAUUUUAGAGUUAAAGUAGGCGGUUUGAAUGUAUUUUUAUUCGAGUUUUUUAAAGAACUAGAUGUUUGAACCGUGUUAUCGCACAACUCUCUUAAAGUUAAAGACUAAAUUAUAUUUAACAAUUAAUAUGUAAAUUGAUAUUAACAUAUUAAUUUAUAUGAUAAAGGAGAAAGUUAUUAUGAAGGUACUCAAGAAGAAUCGUGAAAGUCUGUCAUGUUUUGAAUCAGGUGCUCCAUAGAAUUAUUGUAUAAGAAAUUGGUAUCUAGUCUAGAAGAAUAGGCAAAUUCAUAAUUGCUACGGUUCUAGAAGAAUAACAACAACAUAUGGCUUUGGUUAUCCCUAUAUUAAGUAGUUCCACAUAUUUAUAUUUAGAUUCCUCUCAAAUAGAAUCCCAUCAAUUUAGAAUUCCAUAAAAGUAAGCAAGAUUUCAUAUUGAACUUAGAAGUUUAAAUAGAAAAUACAAAUAAAUCUGUAGAUUUCAUAUUGACACUUGGAGGGCAUUUUAGUCUUUGUACUUUCUUCUUCUAUAUUUAGAUCAGUUAGUUACAAAGCUCAUUACACAACUGUAUAGAUACCCAUGUAAUAACUGAUUCAUCAAUAAGAAUUUUCCCUCUUUUGUUCAUCUCAUAAUAUGGUAUCAAUUUUACUUUCUCUCUCUCUCUUUGAGAGGAGUUUGUUACGAUUCAGUUAGCUUCCGCCAUUGAUGCAUGAUCCUCAAGCUUCUUCAUCUUUCUCAAUUUUCAUUGAUUUUGUGAACAAUCACAUUGAUUCUUCUUCCAUUCUUCUUGUUUAGAUCUCAAUUUCGUUUUGAGUUAUUUGAUUCGCUUCUUUUUCAUUGUUUCACGCAUCAUCUUUUGCGUCUUUUCUUCGUACUAUGUUCUUCAUUACUGGUAAUUUUCUAGCUUUUCUUCAUCAUCCCUCCUCGUCAAGCUCCUCAGAUUGUUCAAUCAAACACUGAUUCACCGUAUUAUGUGCAUCCUAAUGAAGGACCAAGCUAUGUGAUAGUUACACCUCUUCUUGAUGGUUCUAACUACCUCGCAUGGCAUCGUUCUAUGAAGCGCCCAUUAGGAGCGAAGAACAAACUUUCCUUUGUUGAUGGAUCAAUUCCAAUCCCUCCUAUUGAUGAUUUGAACCGUAGUGCUUGGGAACACUGUAACUACCUGAUCCAUUUUUGGAUUUUGAACUCUGUUUCUCCUCAAAUUGCUCAGACUAUAGUAUUCCAUGAAUAUACCAUUGAUGUAUGGAUUGAGCCGUAGUGCUUGGGAACACUGUAACUACCUGAUCCAUUCUUGGAUUUUGAACUCUGUUUCUCGUCAAAUUGCUCAGACUAUAGUAUUCCAUGAAUACGCCAUUGAUGUAUGGAUUGAGCUUCAAGAACGCCUCUCUAAGGUUGGUAGAGUAAUAAUUUCUUCUUUACAUUCUGUCAUUAACAACUUGAAGCAAGGAAAAAAAUUGUGCUUGAUUACUUGUGCUCACCCUUGUCGUUGUGAAUCCAUGAGAUCGGCUCGCAAUUUUUGUUUGGAGGAUGAAGUCAUUCAGUUUUUGACUCGCUUGAAUGAUACUUUUGAAGUUGUAAAGAAUCCGGUUUUGCUUAUGGAUCCUCUUCCUUCUAUUAACAAAGUUUAUUCAUUGGUCACUCAGGAAGAAAGCAACAAUCAUGGUGUCACUGCACAUUUUUUAACAAGAAUAAUCAUACUGUUGAUUUUUGUUAUCAAAAACAUGGUUUCCCUAAUGCUAACAAGAAUGAAUAUUUGAUGGAUUGAGUCUUGGAGCAAAAGAAAUGGGUUUUGGAACUGAUUCGGUGCAAAAAUACAAAGAUUUGGAGACAAAAAUAUAUCUCCCUCAAGUCAGAAGUUUGGCACGGUCGUGCCACCUCCCAUGACUGCUUUUGCUUAGACUUUAAGCUACUCUAUUUAGUUUUACCAUAAAGCCCUUUGCUUGUGGAACAUUCUAGUGAUGUAAUUGCUUAGAUUUUAAGUCGAAUGUAACCUAUAAAUAGAGUAACUAGUCAUCACAAAUAUUCAUCUUUUCUUUGGAAUUCAA